AUGAUGUACCGGCACAUGUUUUCUUAUUCGGUGCUGCUGCUUCUUUUUCUGCAGAUGUGCUUUGCCAGUGCGACUGUGCACGCCGAGGAAGGUAAACCAGAGGAAAUGCAAAUACCAGAGCCUGUUGAUCUUUUUAUGCCACAUCGAACGAUUGUGGAAACACAAGGCCAAAGUCAAACGAGGGAAUCUUUUGCCCACCCUUCCCUCGCCAGUGCUGGUGGAGUGUUGGUUGCACUUGCAGACGGCAUCGCCUUCUUUCAACACACCCAUCAGAAACAAAACUGGGUCAUGCACGCUGAUGUUGUGGCGGGGUACGUUGACUCUGCGGAGAGCUGGUCGUCUUUUGUCGCUAAGGUCCGUGCAAACAAAUGGAAGGCGUACAACAUCUUUAACACGACCACGCAGGAGGAGCAUAACGACUAUCUGAGAUAUGCGUACCGACCCACAACAGUUGCAAAGGAAAACAAGGUUUUUCUACUUGUGGGAAACUCUUAUGAGAAGUAUGAUCCUUCAUCGAAGAAGUGGAUUGUAUCCUCCCAGGAUCUUGAUUUGCUCGUGGGUGAGGCCACGCAAGAUAAACUCAUCCAAUGGGGCGAACCCACCUCGCUUGUACCACAGAUCGGCCUAUCUGCUAAACAACGUGGCCUGGACCAGUUUGUUGGUGGUGGUGGCUCAGGCCUUGUGAUGGAGGAUGGCACGUUUGUGUUUCCUGUGACGGCGAGGAGGACAAAAAAAAACGAAACUGUCUCCAUGAUCAUUUAUUCGAAGGACGACGGCAAAAAUUGGUUGCUUCCACAGGGGAUGCUUCCCGUGGGGUGCAAUGACCCCCUCAUCGUUGAGUGGGAGCAGGGGCAGCUUCUCAUGGUUGCCAAAUGCAAUUUUCUCUCCAAGGUGUUCGAGUCGAGGGACAUGGGGGCAACGUGGAGGGAGGCUGUCAGAACAUUUACGGGAGCACAGCCCAUAUUGUUACCAGACUCUUUGCGAACAGCUGAGGGAGUGGGGUCCAUAACCACUGCGACCAUUGCUGGAAAGAAGGUUAUGCUGUACACUCAGAAAGGGAUUCCCCCUUGGGAGAUGGUGGAAGCAACCGCGCUCUACCUUUGGGUUGCUGACAACAACCGCACGUUUCACCUCGGGCCCAUUUCCAUGGACACUGCAGAGAAGUGGACGUCUAACAACACCCUGCUGCACUCUAAAAAUGCAUUGCACCUUUUACAGGAGAGGGUCAGUAAAGCGACCACAGGUGUGUCUCUUGCUCCCCUAACGGAGCAGCUGAAGGCGAUCACGUCCGUCUUGGAGACUUGGGCAAAAAUGGACUCCUUCCUCUCCAAGUCGUCUGUGCCCACGGCCGGUCUGGUUGGGUUCUUGUCGGAUGCAUCGGGUGAUGGAACUUGGAACGACGCGUACCAUUGCGUGGAUGCAAUUGUCAUGAAUGCAAAGAAGGUCAGAGGUGGCUUUAAGUUCACGGAGUAUGGGUCAUACGCAAUAUGGCCUGUGAACAUGUGGAAUGAUGGCUAUGGUGAGUUGCACAGCUUUGUGAAUUACGAGUUUACGCUUGUGGCGACGGUGACGAUCGAUGAGGUUCCGAACGAGAGCGUUCCUCUGCUGGGCGCGAGCCUGGGCGGAAAACAAAACACAAAGUUUGUGGGGCUGUCGUGCACGACGAAGAAACAGUGGGGUACAGUCUUCAACGGCAUGACAACAACAACACACAACAGCACUUGGAAGCCGGGGAAGGAGUACAAAGUGGCGCUCAUGCUGCAGGGCAACGAGGGCUCUGUGUACGUGGACGGCGUGCUUGUGGGGAAUACUAACAAACUACCGACCCUUGAGGCAGUGAGGCACGAUAUCACUCAUUUUUACUUUGGUGGCGGCGAAAACAGCAGUGUGACAAUAAAGAACGUCUUUUUGUACAACCGCCAACUAAGUGAAGAUGAACUCAAAGCGGUUGACGGCUCACAUGUAUCCGAGCAACGUGCAGGUGACAGCUCCAAAGCAUUUGGGAAACAUACAGGUGACAGCUCCACGCGUGUGGACCUGUCUCGGUUGUUGCUGCUGCUAUUGGGACUAUGGGGCUUUGCGGCCCUGUGCUGA